UAAACCACCAUAUAAACGCUAUUUUGAUACAGAUCUGAAUGGUUGAGCCCCCAGGGAUCCGUCUCCCUUCGAUCCCAUCACAUGAUCCCUGUAUUUUGAGUUCCGGGAGUUGCAGGAGAUUGCCUAGCAACCAACCAUGUAAACAAACGUUAGAGACGCACGCGGCUGUAUUUCUGUACGUUGUUCGGGUUCAUUCUGCUGCCGGAGAUUUCCCUUUCAUUAAGUUGUAUUCGUAUGUUUCAUUCAACCAACUGCAAUGUCCAAGGGACCGCCUAAGAAAAGAGAGUCUUCGAGCCGACUGACAUCAUCACAAGGCCAGGCAUCAACUAAGGAAGCGGGAUCCCUGGUAGGCAGCGUCUCUGAUGGCCUAGGAGAGCUCAGGAGGUGUAGGUGUCUUGUCUGGCCGGAGUGGAGCGAGGCAGAAGUCAACGGGGAGAAAUGGGAUGGAGCCAAAGGUCCCAAAGAUGGAAAACUGGGCAAGAGUCCAAGUGUGGCUACAAUGUUCUAUGAAGAGCCUGAAGGCAAAGUUAGCCUGCCUUCAUCUUUAAAAGUACACUCAUGGAAACGCCCUUCAGAGUUCAUUGUCAACAAGACUCCUACAGUUGUUGAGACUGUUGCAGCAUUUGACCUGAUCCCAGCCAACGGUCAUCUGAUUGGCAGUGAGAUGAUGAGGUGGAUCAUCAGUGAGAUCGGCAUCGUGUGGAAGCUGUGGUGCCAUGGUGGUGUUGAUGGCGCUGCAGACCAGAGGUGGAGGCCCUGGGAGCACAUCUACUCUCUGUGCAAAGUGGCCAGCGGUCACACGCCACUCUACAACGCUUAUGGGAAAUACGUGGUCAAACUCUUCUGGAUGGGCUGCUGGAGGAAGAUGACAGUGGACGACACCAUGCCGUUCGAUGAGGAGGACAACAUGCUCCUCCCUGCCUCUGCCACCGAAGGGGAGCUAUGGCCCAUGCUAUUGGCCAAGGCCCUAAUCAAGCUGGCUAACACAGAUGCUAUGUCCGAGCAGAGGAAGGAGAUGGGCGAGUUCACCUUCAUUCAUGCCCUCACCGGCUGCAUUCCAGAGAUAAUACCCAUCAAAUCUAGGAAUCUGGGGAAUAUUUGGGAAUACCUGACAGAAAACAUUCCCAAAUUCACCUUCGCCAAGGCCAGCUGUGCACAGGAAAAACCCGAGGCUGUGGAGUCUGCCGUAGGAAGGGUCUCCCGCAUGAGCGACACCAAGACCGUGUCGCCCCUCCCAGUCAGGAACACUGAAAGAGAUUCGGCUAAGAAAAAAGGGAAGGAGGAAGGGAAAGACCAGAAGACCACUCUGCCCACUACAGAUAGUGCUGAAACCCCCUCUGCUUCAGAGCUUGUGGUGUGUGCCAGCUUCCGUCCAAUCCAGCUCCUGGAUGAGAUGAAGUCUACAGUGCGAGAUGAAAUGGUGGAUUCGUCCGAGUGUCUGCGGCAGUACGGGCUGUACCGGCUCCACAGCCACAUGGUCCUGCUGACCCGGUCACGGGAGGGCCCGCUGGAGCCCCCGCCCGAGCCCACCCCGGUCCCCCGCUGGAAGCUGGUGCGGCCCCGCGUGAAAGACCACUCCCUGGCCACGGACGAACCCAGAGUGCCCCCCGUGCCGAAGCUGGACCGCUUUGUGGAGGUCUUCAGCCCCCUCGCUUCCUACCAGCCCAGCGGCAGCAGCGGCCGGCCCCACCCACCGCAGGACGGCAGGCAGAGUAACCCCAGAGGGUUCUCCACCUGCAACUCGGCCCUGUCAUCCUUCACUGAGGCUGGGGAGCAGGAGAUCCAGCAGGAGAGCUCUGAUCCCAGAUCAGCUGAAUCACCCAGCAACCCUGCUAACAACCAGGUUACUGCAGAGGACGGCAAGAAGGACGGCGUCGCCACGACCAAUGAGCAGCACGGGGCCGAGACAACGGGGGGGCCACAGGUAGAGCGACCCACUGCGAGGCCCACCCCGCUGCUGGCUGAAGCCCUCUCUGCUCCUCCUCACGUACCACCGCAACAGGAUCCGUGGGUGGACAUGGACCACUUUACUAAAUGCUUCCAGACGCUGCUGGUGUUCCAUAAGCCACACUCCUACCCCUACCAGCGUCACCAGUCCCAAUUUAAGGAUGACAUCUUGCCCUCCAGCCCCUCCAAGAGCGGGUCCAACGGAACGUCCAGCCACUCUUCUGUUGGACAGCUUAGUCAUCAGGGUCCAGUAAAAAGGGGCUUUCACUACCUGUACGUGGACAGCCUGCAACCUUCCAAGAUCCUCCUCAGCUUUUCUGCUCUGCUGAACUGGGGAGAGACAACAGAAGAGAAGAGGGAGGUGUCUGUGGGUUCCAGGGCGGGGGUCCUCCAGGUCCAGCCCCACUCCUGGAGGACCCUGGAGUCGCAGUCCCCCCUCCUAAUCAUCAGGACCACUUCCUGCCGGGCUGCCGUGCUCUCACUGCCCCCCGGACGCCACACGCUAGGCGUCCACGUCAGGGCAGCGUUGGGCUACCACGUCCACCUGUACAGCUUGGCUCCCUUUGUGUUCGGGGAUGAGGAGGCCGUCUUGCCCCACCUAGCGCAGGAGAGUGUGCGUUUCAGAGAGCAGGCCGCGUCCAUGCUAAGGGCUCUGGCCAGCCUGGUGCUGGGCUUCAGCCGGGAGCAGACGGCACUCAGGACGGCCCUGGAGGAGGCCUGCUGUCCACAGACCUGCUGCUCCGGCCUGGAGGGAAGGACGCACCGGCAGGUGUUCAACAGUGCAGUGUACACCAUGCUGUCUCAGGCCCUGGGCAGGAAGCUGACGCCAGAGGAAGGCUUUGCCGUGCAGGCGCUCACAGCCGACCCCCUGCUCUUCAGCGCCGACAUCACUAAGCACUCAACGGCAUCGGAGGCGGUAGCUGGACCCCCAGAGGGCUGGCAGGACAGACAGCCCACAGACAGGGAGACCCACGCGGUCACCAUCCUCCAAGCAGGCUUCAAAGGAGUGUUGACGAGGGGGGUCCUUAAAGCCUCCAAACCAGGAACCAAAGAGAAUCUCACUGCGUCCAAGACUCUAGCAGACAUGUGGCCUAGCGUUGAAUCUGACCCAGAGAAGCAUUCCUCCAUCUUGCUGUGUUCCAUCCUGGCUCACCCGGCAACGAUAGCAGGGCUCUACCCCUGCCAGCAGGACGAGAGUAGCAGGAUGGCCUUCUCUGACUACACUUUGCCAUUAGUGCAAGAGACGCUCAGCUCAUGGUUGCUGGUGUUCAGAGAGGUGCUCCUGGUGCCCAGAGACAUGCUGCUGUCAGCCAAGGUGUUCUCUCCUGUCCCCUGCUGUCAGCUCCAUGUCAUCAACAACGAUACCCUGGAGGAGCUGCCGCAGGCUCUGGGGAGGCUAGUCCCCUGUGUGUACCGGCCCAACAAGCUCGGCUAUACCUUUCUAGUCGAGGCUUACACCCCUCAGUCCCCACCCCUGGGCGCCAAGGUGACGCUACGCCUGAUUGGCUCCAGAGAGCCCCUCCCGGAGCUGGCUGGAGGCGCUCCGCCGUGCAGCUUCUCUGUGAAGGAAUUCAGGGAUUACUACAUUCCCAACGACAAACAUACCGUAUGCCGGUACUCCGUCAGGGUGAAGGCGGACAUCGUGGCCACGGUCCACUUUCGCUCCUCCAAUCCCGACGUCCUGAUCCGCCUGUCCGUCCUGGACCACGAGAAGGAGGUCGCCGGCGCCAGCGGCAAGGGUCACUCCCUCAUCCCCAUCUUCCACUUCCUGUCCGAUCAAGCAGCCACGGCCCCCCGUUCCCCGAGCACCGCCGUGGAUCAAAACAAGGAGGAGGAGGAGGAUGGGUCCGCAGGCCUGAAGGAGGAGAAGAGGAGCGAGGAGCCUGACUCUACCCAGGGAGGAGAGCCCCGAGCGGACCCCUGUCGGACUCCCUCGGAGACGACGGUAGCACCAGACGCCCAUAAAUACACGGUGCAAGUGGAAGUGCUUUAUAAGAGCUGGACCCUGGAUGACUCCCAGCUGGCCUUCGUCCAGACGCUCAGGAACCUGGAGAACGAAGCAGCAGAAGUAGAAGGCGAAGCCAUCCGCUCCAGCAGCACAGAGACGGCAAGCAGCGAUGGGAGCAAACAGGCCGUGCCCAAGGCCCACCACAAGGGGAAGGGGGACAAGGAGAAGCUGGGGACCGGGUCCAAACCGGUCUCCAAACAGGACUCGAGCCUGGACCUGAGCAAGCCCACCUGGAGACUGUGUGUGGUGUGCGACCAGAGCAAGGCAGAGAGCCUGGAGAUGAGGAAGGACACGGAGAGACUGAACAAGAUCAGGGCCAUUAGACAUGCCUGGGAGACCGCCGAGCCGGGGCGGCGUGCCAAGGCCCUGCAAUCUCGUCUGAAGUAUCUCAACCACAUCCAGAAGGCCACGCCUUCCCCUGGAGGUCAUGAAGACAACCUUACUGAUGACACAAAGAACACAGAGCCUGCCUCUCUGCCUUCUCCCGACCCUGCUCCCGGUCUAACCAAUCAGGAGCUGCCUUCCCUCCGAUCUGAUCCAGCCAGCCUACUUGCAGCCCUGGACUACUCUCACUAUAUCAGGUGUCGCAGGGCCCAGCCGGUGCUGAGAGACGCCGAGGUGGAGGUGCUCCAGCGGCGGGAGCGCUCGGAGCAGAUCCAGGGCUACCGGCUGCUGCGGGACACGGUGCUGGAGCACCGCCGGCGGGAGGCGCAGAGCAGGACCGCCCUGAUCCAGGGGCAGCUGGAGAUGUACGACGGCAUGCAGGUCACCCUGCGCGACCAGCGGCAGAAGACCCAGGCAGCCCUCCAGGCGGUCAACGCCCGUCUGAUGGAGGCCGAGCUGGGGGACAAGGGAGAGGAGGGGGGCCUGGAGGAGCAGGCGGGAGCGGCUGCGUCCGUCUCGGCCGCCACACAGCCCGCCAAGCCCAACAGUGCCGGCAAGAAGUGAAUGUGGGUCUGACGGCCACCGACCGUAGUGUAGGCUCUUCAGUUAAGCUAGUCCCCCCUGCAGUAUGGCCGUAGAAGCUUUGCGUUACAUUAGAAUGAGAUUUAUGACAAAAAGGGUGCUGGUGCCUAGCAAGAAAAAUGUUUUUUUUAGUGUUAGCCUUUUCAGCAAAACAUUCACUAUUGUUAUAGCUUCACAUAUUACUAGUUUGAACAUUCGAGAUGAGUUAUGACAGCCUGAUUUAUAUUUCCUGAUCCACGUCGUUACCUUAGAAAUGGUUACUAUUUAAGUAUGGCUAUAUAUUAGUAAGCUUUGAAUUCAGUCGUACAGAAGCGUUAUCUCACUGUUAUCUCACUGUUAUCUCAAUGUGAAAUGUUUCUUUUUGGCCUUUUGGGAUUCGGCUCCUCUCCUGUUCUCCUUCUCCUGGCUGAUGGACCGAUCAGUCAAACACAUGGAGAAAACAUGGGCCAUUCUCGCUAAUGGACCUCCCCCUCCCCGUCAUUAAAGUCCAU